AUGCCUGAACGACCAUUCGACAGUGAAAAUGCGCGUAAGAAACAACAUGCAGAACAGUCAAACAAUGAACUCGACGAAAAUUCACCAACGAAUAACAAUGAACAAUCGGGUGAUGAAGAAGAUGACGACGAAAAUCAAAUUAAGGGAAAUGAAGAAGAAGAUUAUCAAGAGGAUGACGAUGAAGAAACACCUGAUUUUACUGAUGAUGAAUACGGAUCCGAGUUUACCGAUGAUUAUCUCUGCCCGGAAUUGAUGGCCGAACGUCCACAAGAACAUGAAAGUCUCAAUAAUGUUAUCAUUGUUGAUAAUUUACCGAAAGUUGAUCCAGCUAAAUUGGAAAAAUUAAAAGAAGUUAUAUCAAAAGUCUACAAUAAAUUCGGCGUAUGUCGUAAUGUAUAUUAUCCAUUGGAUAAAGACGGAAAAACAAAAGGUUACGGAUUUUUUGAAUUUCAAAAUGAACAGAUGGCUUUGGAAGCAGUCAAGCAAACGGAUGGUUAUCGUUUAGAUAAAAAUCACACAUUCUCUGUUACUUUGAUGUCGGAAUUCGAACGAUUAACACAAGUUCCAUCGGAAGCAACUGAUAUUGGUAAUCUUUUAUCAUGGUUAACCGAACCUGAUGCUGUCGACCAAUUUGCUGUACAAUCGGAUGAUCCGAAAAAGACCAUGAUCUAUUCGAAUGCUUUGUCACAACCUAUUCUUCUUGAAGAACGCAGUAAAUGGACAGAGACCGAUUUCGUAUGGUCACCAAAGGGUACAUAUUUAGCAUCAUUUCACGAGAAAGGUAUUGCUCUUUGGGGUGGAAAAGAAUUUCGUCAAGUACAACGCUUUGCCCACACCGGUGGUGUUCAACAUAUUGAUUUCUCACCAUGUGAACGGUACUUGGUGACAACUUCUGCACGACCAGGAAAUUCCGAAGCAUUCAUCAUCUGGGAUGUGAUCACUGGACAAAAGAAACGUUCGUUUCCAGUUGAACAAGGUUCACCUUAUUUCAAAUGGUCAUUUCAAGAUAACUAUUUCGCUAGACAAGGUCCAGAUGGUAUCUAUAUGUACGAUACUGAGAGUUUCCAAUUGGUCGACAAGAAGCCCUUCCGAAUUCCGUUAUUAGCUGAUUUUGAAUGGUCACCAACGGAUGAUCAUAUCGCCUAUUGGACAGCGGAAGAAGGCAAUGUGGCAGCACGUUUAGUACUUGCCAAAGUGAAAGAUGCUAAAUUGGAGGAAAUUCGAUCGAAAACACUGUUCAAUGUUAUCGAUUGUAAGUUAGCUUGGCAAAAACGCGGUGAUUAUCUUGUAGUCAAAGUUGAUCGAUACACAAAGAAGAGCGGUGAAAAAAAUAAUAUAAAAUAUUCAGGCUUAAUCUAUAACUUUGAAAUUUUUCACAUGCGUGAAAGAAAUAUUCCUUUGGAUACAUUGGAAGUAAAAGAAACAAUUCAAUCCUUUGCUGUUGAACCGGUUGGACAUAAAUUAAUUGUCAUCUCAGGUGAAGGUGUACGAACGAAUGUUACAUUCUACAAAAUGGGUCAAGGACAAAAGAGUGGAAAGAUCGAAGCUCUUAAAGUUAUCGCACAACCAAUCACCAAGGCUUUUUGGGCACCCAAUGGACAAUAUGUCGUUCUAGCCGCUUUGAGAGUUGGUUCAUCACCUGGUGGAUUGUUGGUAUUUGUUGACACCAAUGAUAUGUCUAUAAUGCCAAAACAAGAACAUCCCGAUCUAUCUGAAGUCGAAUGGGAUCCAACAGGACGUUAUGUAACAUCAGUUGUUCACUGCCGUAGCGGUGUUAAACGUGACUACUCAUUCAAAAUUUGGACAUUCCAAGGUAACUUGGUGUUCGAAAAGACUGUUGAACGAUUGGCCGCAUUCCAUUGGCGUCCUCGCCCAGCUUCCCUCUUAAAUGACGAAGGAAUUAAGAAAGUUCGACAGAAUCGAAAUGUAUGGACGCCGAAGUUCGAUCAACGCGAUCGUAUUUUACGUACCGGUGAAUCGGCUAAACAACAAGAACAACGACGCAGACAAUUGGAUGAGUUCCAGAAAAUCAAAGAGAAAAAUGCCAAACGGUUGGCCAUCCAAAAACAACAACGCUUGGAUCUCCGUGGUGGUAUCGAUACAGAUUCCCUUUUUGAAAAUCAAUCAAACGCUGGCGAAGAAGUUGUGGAAUUUCUCAUCAAAACCGAAGAAGUUGAAUACAAACCGUAG